AUGCCGCAACCGUUGCAACCCGCCUCCUCCUGCUCGAACAAUCACCCCCCUGACCGCACGUCGACGAAACAUCAAACCCUGCACCCCCCACCACGGCAACCCGAAACCACGCCCUACCGCCUAAAAGCCUUGAAUUUCCACUCUGAAGUCUCUACAACCGCCAAACCCAUCGUCAGACUAACCCUCCCGGCAAUCAACCUGUCGACCCGUCCUGCACCGAACCCUGAACUUCGUUUCAUCCAGUCCUACCCUACUGCCACCAACGACCCGCCUAGCCCAGCCAAUUCAAACCCUUCCUCCACUUUCACAAAUGAGACAUUUCAAUUGAAGCAGCCACAACCAUCCCAGGCCAUCAUGCCAUCGCGCUCAUAG